CUUCAGGUGGGCAAAAUGAAAUUCGGGAAAUCAUGCAAAGUUUGAACCAAGACUUGGCGGAGGAGGACAACAUGCGGCGACAGAAAAAGAACAAAGCGCAACAAAGAACGCAUCAACUUCCCCCGGCGAUUUUCACCGCGGGAGAAUAUGCGUUAACGACGAAAUCCAACGGGGAAGUCCGGAUGCUGCAGCGUGUGCCCGGAGAUGGUGAAUCCGGAACUACCGAAAAUACCUUAUGGAUUGCAAAAGUGUCUGGGUCUGGAAGAUUGCAACUUGUCAUGCUAAAUCCGAAUCAUGCAAAAAUCUGUGUUGCAUGAUUACCAAAAGAGGUCCACUUUUGAACAAGUUUAGAGGCAGUUUCUCAUGCAGAAUAGGCAUGAAAGAGACCUCACAGACUCUGUCAUGCUAGGUCCCGCAUUCCAGGCCUCAAGGGCCAUGGAAAACCUGCAUGACAAGUUCACACUCUUCCAGACCCAGACAUUUUUACAUUUGAUAUACCUUCAGCCCGAUCAAUAAGCUGCAGUACGACCCGGCGACCGCUUUGAUUCUCCAUGUGAACCGGAUUUUGCAACAAACCUGGAUGACAAAAUCCCGGGGGUCUUUUUCCAUUCUCAUCGCGGAAGAUUUGAAGGAUGACGUCGACGUUUUUGACGACAUUAACGAUAGCGAAGUUGUGGAGUUGAAUAAGGAAUUGCGAGGACAUCACGGAGCAACACCAGCUGGUGCAGACAAUUCCCACACCAUGAACGCGAUCAAAAUUCUUUCCACCAUGCCCAAAGACCAGGACAUCGUCAUCGUUUCCGAUAUUUCCCAGCGACGCGUUGUCAUCUUCCGUGCGAGGCAUCUCGUGGAGCAAACGUUGAAGCACCAGACAGGGCUCGCGAUCACGAACCAGCAGGACAAACUAGCGGCACCAGAAGAAUUUCCGGAGGAAUUGAAACAGGAGAUCGAGAAGUUGUACAAAAUGCAGUCCAUGAUGCCCUCGAAUGUAGUCGAAGAAAACGAGGCGACUAUUCGGCAGCUACUAGAGAGGAUCAACGCGAAGGCGUUUUUGGGGGAAAAGGUGAAGAUCCACGUGCUGACGAAGGUAGGCGAAAAUCCCCGCACAUAUCAACUGCAAAAAUGUCUGGGUCUGGAAACUUGUAAUGCUGGGUGGCGUAUCAUGAGGAGGCCACAAGUGCUGGCUCAGCAUGACAAGUUUCUGAGCUUCUAGAUGUUGCCCGUUCUGCAUGACAAACUGCGUCUCUGCAUGACAGAGAAAUAGGGCUCUUGGGUAAUGUGCAUGACAGAUUGCAGAGCCAUGCGAGACAAGCAUGACAACCUUGCAACCUUCCAGACCCAGACAUAUUUGCAAUGCAUAGCACAGAAGUAGACGAAAUACAGCAGCCGUGGCGGCUGAAGCGCUGGCGCGCCGAGGAGGAGAGGUAUUUGAAAAGCGGCGAUAAAGACAAAUUUCUCCAAAAUCGACCGAUUUUCACAGGGAGGGUGAGGGUGAGAAAUAUCAAUAAAAACAGCGGGAUCAGUGGCGCGACUACAGAUGAAAGCGGUAGAAGUCCAGGAAGUGGAGCAUUGAAAACUGAGGCACAGGAAGAGAGGUCUGUUGAACGGCGAAACGAUGGAGAUGACAGUGCAAAACUCCAAGAGCAGAUGGAGAUGCAGAAUAUGGUAGAUGACGCGGCAGCACGCGCAGAGAACCUUCGAGACAACCAUCCUGUUGACGCUGAUGAAACUGUGAAGCAGAAGUUAGAAGCUCGCGCGGCAAAAAUGGAAUUUGGGUCAGCAGCUCAUGCAGGACAAGAUAAGACUCAUAUUCCUCUUCGCGGAGAAGAUUCAUUCGCCGAAGAUGACGACGACAUUGACGCAGCUGACGACGAUGUUGAUGAAGUUGACGGUCGCUUAGCUGCCUUAGCAAAAGGAUUGAACCGGCUCUACCCAGACAAAGACCGUUAUAACUACACGGAAAGACAAAGAACUUCUUCUGCCAAAGAGCACGCGGCAUUUGCUAGAAUAAGCCACUGGAUGUCAGCGUCGCCUAAGGAGACCACGCUGGACAAAACUCUUUUCUGGAAGAAGAGCGG